GCUGUCCUGGUGCAAAGAGGAAAAGAAGCGUGGUGCACAGGAGGGCAGAGAGCUGACCUGGUCUCUGGGAGGCCCCGGAAGGGGGCAAGAAGCUGGGCAUUCGGAUUUCACUGAGAACACCCUUUGAGUACCACGUGCCUACACUGCUUCCAGCUUCCUAAACCACAGCUGUGGGGAGCUUGGGGUACAGCUAACAAGAUUCUGUAUUCAGCUGCCCAGGCAGAGGAGAAUGGGGUCUCCACAGCCUGAAGAAUGAAGACACGACAGAAUAAAGACUCAAUGUCAAUGAGGAGUGGACGGAAGAAAGAGGCCCCCGGGCCCCGGGAAGAGCUGAGAUCAAGGGGCCGGGCCUCCCCUGGAGGGGUCAGCACAUCCAGCAGUGAUGGCAAAGCUGAGAAGUCCAGGCAGACAGCCAAGAAGGCCCGAGUAGAGGAAACCUCUACUCCAAAGGCCAGCAAGCAAGGCCGCAGUGAGGAGGUCUCAGAGAGUGAAAGCGAGGAGACCAGUGCACCCAAAAAGACCAAAACUGAGCAGGAGCUCCCUCGACCACAGUCUCCCUCGGAUCUGGACAGCUUGGAUGGGCGCAGCAUUAAUGAUGAUGGCAGCAGUGACCCUAGGGACAUAGAUCAGGAUAACCGAAGCACAUCCCCCAGCAUCUACAGUCCUGGAAGUGUGGAGAAUGACUCCGAUUCAUCUUCCGGCCUGUCCCAGGGCCCAGCUCGUCCCUACCACCCACCUCCACUCUUUCCUCCUUCCCCUACACCGCCAGACAGCACUCCCCGACAGCCAGAGCCUGGCUUUGAACCCCAUCCUUCUGUGACACCUACUGGAUAUCAUGCUCCAAUGGAGCCACCGGCAUCUCGAUUAUUCCAGGGGCCACCUCCUGGAGCACCUCCCCCACACCCACAGCUCUACCCUGGGAAUGCUGGUGGAGGAGUUUUAACUGGACCCCCUAUGGGUCCCAAAGGGGGAGCAGCUGCCUCUUCAGUGGGUGCCCCUAGUGGAGGCAAGCAGCAUCCGCCACCCACUACCCCAAUUCCAAUAUCAAGCUCUGGGGCCAGUGGUGUCCCUCCCACAAAAACACCUAAUGCUCCAGUGGGUGGGGGGAACUUACCUUCUGCUCCACCCCCGGCCACUUUCCCCCACGUGACACCAAACCUGCCUCCUCCACCCGCCCUGAGACCCCUCAACAAUGCCUCAGCCUCUCCUCCUGGCGUGGGGGCUCAGCCAAUCCCUGGGCAUCUGCCCUCUCCCCAUGCCAUGGGUCAGGGCAUGAGUGGACUUCCUCCUGGCCCAGAGAAGGGUCCAACUCUGGUUCCCUCACCCCACCCUUUGCCCCCCGCUUCUUCUUCCUCUGCCCCUGGACCCCCAAUGCGGUACCCAUAUUCAUCCUCCAGUGGCUCUGCAGCAGCUUCUAGUUCCUCCUCCUCGUCUGCCUCCCAGUACCCAGCGUCCCAGGCUCUGCCCGGUUACCCUCAUUCCUUCCCUCCACCAACAAGUAUGUCUGUCUCUAAUCAGCCACCCAAGUAUACCCAGCCUUCUCUCCCAUCCCAGGCCGUGUGGAGCCAGGGUCCUCCACCACCUCCUCCCUAUGGCCGCCUCUUGGCCAACAACAACACCCAUCCAGGCCCUUACCCUCCUACUGGGGGCCAAUCCACAGGCCACCCACCAGCCCCCACACAUCACCAUCACCAGCAGCAGCAGCAGCAGCAGCAGCAGCAGCAACAACACCAUCAUGGAAACUCUGGGCCCCCACCACCUGGAGCGUAUCCUCACCCCCUAGAGAGCGGUAGCUCCCAUCACGCACACCCUUAUAACAUGUCACCCUCCCUGGGGUCUUUGAGGCCCUACCCACCAGGGCCAGCGCACCUGCCUCCACCUCAUGGCCAGGUGUCCUAUAGCCAAGCAGGUCCCAAUGGCCCCCCGGUUUCCUCCUCUUCCAACUCUUCUUCGGGCUCUUCCUCUCAAGCCUCCUACUCAUGUUCACACCCCUCCUCAUCCCAGGGUCCCCAAGGGGCAAACUACCCCUUCCCACCAGUUCCUCCAGUCACCACCUCCUCAGCUACUCUCUCUACUGUCAUCGCCACCGUGGCUUCCUCGCCAGCAGGCUACAAGACGGCCUCGCCACCGGGGCCCCCGCAGUACAGCAAGAGAGCCCCAUCCCCGGGGUCCUACAAGACCACCACCCCGCCUGGAUACAAACCGGGGUCACCGCCCUCCUUCAGAACAGGGACCCCACCUGGCUUUCGGGGCGCCUCUCCGCCCUCCACUUUGCCAUCCCUGCCUCCACCGCCCGCGGCCCCAGCUCCAGGGCCGCCCCUGACUGCCACGCAGAUCAAACAGGAGCCGGCUGAAGACUAUGAGACCCCGGAGAGUCCGGUGCCCCCGGCCCGAAGCCCCUCUCCUCCUCCCAAGGUGGUGGAAGCUGGCCCAGGAGGGCCGUGCGCCGGUGGAGUGCCCAUCUCUGGGUCCAGUACCCCAUCGGCCUCCCUUUGAGCCUGGCAGCGCCGUGGCUACAGUGCCCCCUUACCUGGGUCCUGACACUCCAGCCCUGCGCACUCUCAGCGAAUACGCCCGACCUCACGUCAUGUCUCCUGGCAAUCGCAACCACCCCUUCUAUGUGCCCUUGGGGGCAGUGGACCCGGGGCUUCUGGGUUACAAUGUCCCAGCCCUGUACAGCAGCGACCCAGCUGCCCGAGAAAGGGAGCGGGAAGCCCGUGAACGUGACCUCCGUGACCGGCUCAAGCCUGGCUUUGAGGUGAAGCCUAGUGAGCUAGAACCCCUGCAUGGGGUCCCCGGGCCAGGCCUGGAUCCCUUCCCCCGACACGGGGGCCUGGCUCUACAGCCCGGGCCACCUGGCCUGCAUCCUUUCCCUUUUCAUCCGAGCCUGGGGCCCCUGGAGCGAGAACGGCUGGCGCUGGCAGCGGGGCCAGCCCUGCGCCCUGACAUGUCUUACGCGGAGCGGCUGGCAGCCGAAAGGCAGCAUGCAGAAAGGGUGGCGGCCCUGGGCAAUGACCCCCUGGCCAGGCUGCAGAUGCUCAACGUGACUCCCCAUCACCACCAGCACUCCCAUAUCCACUCCCACCUUCACCUGCACCAACAGGAUGCCAUCCACGCAGCCUCCGCCUCGGUGCACCCUCUCAUUGACCCGCUGGCCUCAGGGUCUCACCUCACCCGGAUCCCCUACCCAGCCGGGACCCUCCCUAACCCCCUUCUUCCUCACCCUCUGCACGAGAACGAAGUCCUUCGUCACCAGCUCUUUGCUGCCCCUUACCGGGACCUGCCAGCCUCCCUCUCUGCUCCAAUGUCAGCAGCUCAUCAGCUGCAGGCCAUGCACGCACAGUCCGCUGAGCUGCAGCGCUUGGCGCUGGAACAGCAACAGUGGCUGCAUGCCCAUCACCCACUGCACAGCGUGCCACUCCCUGCACAGGAAGACUACUACAGUCACCUGAAGAAGGAAAGCGACAAGCCGCUGUAGAACCUGCUAUCCAGAGAGCACCCACUGCUCCUUCAUCCAGACCUUGGAGGACUCCCCCCAACCUUUAGAUCCCCCCCCCAGCCGAGGAGAGGGUGCUGCCUACUUGCAGAACUUCUGCAGCUGGGCAGAGGGAGGGAGGGAAGAAGGGACAGAUGAGGUCAAGGCCCGGGGUUGUGUGCGGAGGUGGGAAGUGGCAAGGGUGGGGACAGAAAGAAAGUGCACAGUAUCAUGGACCAGGUCCCUCUUCCUUACCCCCUGCUUUUCUUCUCCUCUAUGCCCAAUCCUUGGUGGCCACUGCCCCUCCCCUAACCCAUUGGUGUGAUUAUUUCAUCUGGUAGAUGUGGCUGUUUGCUUUGCUUUGUGUGCUGCCCCCGCCCCAUCCCCGUGUGUGCACCCCCCUCGGCAAUGUGCGCCCCUUGCCCGUCCCACAUUAAUAAUUUAUAUAUAUAAAUAUC